AUGUUUCCUAGCCCUGUACCCUUCCAGUUCAUAAAGGGAGAAAUACCAUACCUUCCUGAGGCCGGCUCCUACUGUCCUCCAAACAGCCAAUGUACACCAAAGUUGAUUUCCAUGGUUAGCAGUGGUUCCAAAGAAAAUGAGCAGGCGGGCCACUGCCCAAGCGGGAUGGAGCUGAUAGAAGUCAUGUGCAAAAGAGAAAUUGGUUGUGUGAAUUACAAAGUCGGUGAUUUUAAAGACAAAGUGGUGGAGAGCCGAGGAGGGAUCAUGGACAGCGUACAGAGAUUCUCAAACCUGCCAACGUACCUCCCUGCCAGCUAUCACAUCUGCAACGCUGAUGUUUUCUUCUUCCUUAAGGAAACCAACCAGGACAUCACGAGGAAUUCCAGUUUGCAGUCCAGGGUGGAUUCAUUCCUUAUAUACAAAUCCAAACUGCCGCCUGUCCUAAAUGCCACGUACGGACCCUUUUCUGUGGAGCAGGCUGUUCCUUUAGACCUCAUGCUGUCUUCUACAUCUUUUGGUUUCACAAAUGAAUUCUCUUUCAAUUGGAAAUUAAAAUCGCACAUAAUAGACAGCUCGAUUUAUUCCAACAAACCUAAAAUACAAACCUUGUUCUAUAUUGCGGGGAAAGACUGGGACGACUAUGACCCUGAGGAGAGGUUGCCUUGCGUGAAGAUGUUUGCUUUCCUGGAAUCUAGAGGAGUGGUGGCCAGCUGCAGGUUGACAGGCCAACUGGGAUUAUGCGUUGCAGAGCUGGAGUUAUAUCCCAGCUGGUUCAGCUCCCCUCCACCCCUGGUGUCAGAGGAUACAGCUCCCCUGGAAGGGAUUACUGUGGAGCUCUUCUAUAAGAUUGAUACAGCAGAUGGGGAAUGUUCUCCAGAGGAUGAAAAGUGGGAGAACAAUAUUCACGCGGAUCAAGAUAACGCACGGAAGGCUUUGCCAGCUAUGGAGAGGAUUGGUAGCAUUGUUGUUUACCCAAAUCAAGACACAUUAAAACAGUCUGCACUGAGGCUAGAUGAGAAUGUCGUAAUCCGCUUGCCACUCAGCCCGGUCAAAGAAGGGGACGUUGUGACCUUCCAUGUCUCCCUGGCAGAUGACUCUCUGGCAGACCAGUUUGUAUUAAGAAUUAAGACUGCCCCAGGCGUGAAGAUCUUGGACGUCAGAGUCAGCGAUGCGGACCAGUGGGGAGUUCAAGAGGAGACUGACAGCGCCAGGACCACUGCCACGAUCACCUGUAUGCACAAUGACCCGGACCCUGAAAGCAGAGCAAACAUCACCUCCUAUGAGAUCCUGCAGAUGGACUUUGAGAUCGACAACACCAGCAGCCUGGCGGGGGCCCAGCAGAUCACCUGGCAGGUGGAAUACCCUCGAGAUGAUUCUCUGAGUGAGCUGGUGGUCUCUGAGAUCUUCGUCAGCCGAACGAUGUUUGCUGGAAUUGUUCCUCUUGCCAUGGACACAGAAGUCCUUAACACGGCCAUCCUGACGGGCAAAACGGUGUCAGUUCCAGUCAAGGUUGUUGCAGUGCAGGAGGAUGGGUCGGUGGUCGAUGUGUCAGAGUCCACUGAGUGCAAAUCAGCUGAUGAAGACGUCAUAAAGGUUUCUGACAGAUGUGACUCCAUCUUCGUUAAUGGCAAGGAAAUGAAAAGCAAAGUGGAUACUAUUGUUAACUUCACUUAUGAGCAUUUUACCACCCAAUUAGAAGUGACGGUCUGGGUUCCACGGCUGCCUCUGCAGAUAGAGAUCUCUGACACAGAGCUCAGCCAGAUCAAAGGCUGGAGGAUACCCGUCACCUCCAAUAAGAGGCCUACCCGUGACAGUGAGGAUGAAGAAGAUGAUGAGAAAAAAGGAAGAGGUUGCACUCUUCAGUAUCAGCAUGCCAUGGUGCGAGUCCUCACACAGUUUGUAGCCGAAUCCUCUGAGUUUGGAGGCUACCUGACCUAUAUGCUAGGCUCUGAGUGGCAGUUUGACAUCACUGACCUUGUGACUGAUUUCAUGAAAGUGGAAGAUCCCAGGAUUGCUAAGCUUCAAGAUGGCCGAGUUCUGGUGGGUCGGGAGCAUGGCAUCACCACAGUCCAGGUUCUGUCACCUCUUUCUGAUUCCAUCUUGGCAGAGAAGACGGUGGUAGUUCUAGAUGACCGUGUAACUAUUACAGAUCUAGGAGUACAACUAGUUUCAGGCUUGUCCCUCUCCUUACAAACCAGCAAAGGAAAUAAGAGAGCUAUUGUAUCCACCACCUCUGCGUAUGAUAUCCUUCAUACACCAAAACAGGAAGCCAUAGUCAGUGCUUGGAUUUUGUUCAGUGAUGGGUCAGUGACACCAUUAGAUAUUUAUGACUCCAAGGAUUUCUCAAUCACCAUCACUUCACUGGAUGAGAUGGUAGUAUCUGUACACCAGAAUCUUCAGUCAAAAUGGCCUGGGGUGGUGGCAGAAGGGGAUGGUCAAGGACCUCUAAUUAAAAUUGAAAUGGUCAUCAGUGAACCAUGUCAGAAGACAAAGCGAAAGAGCAUUCUGGCUGUUGGAAAGGGAAGCGUCAAAGUGAAGUUUGGUCAAAAAGAUUCUGAUCAAAAAGAAAGCACCAAUGACAUUGAUGAUACAGAUAAAGAUUUUAAAAGCCAUGCAAGCAAUUCCAUAGAAAAAACUGCAGAACAAGAGAGGACAGCACAAGAAUGGUCCAAAAAUGGAGUCAUUAGUAAUCAUGAGGACAAUGCAAACAAAAGCACAACGUUCCUGUCUCCCAUUGAUCAGGAGUCCCUGGAGGAUGACCAGCUCCAAAAUAACCCAACUGCCUUCACGGGUUUUCCUGCCCAAGUAGAAAUACCAGGAGAGAACAAUCCCAGUGAUCUCACAUUGACUUCAAGAGGAUUAACAGAUUUAGAGAUCGGCAUGUAUGCCCUGCUGUGUGUUUUCUGCUUAGCAAUCUUGGUCUUUUUGAUUAACUGUGUGGCAUUUGCUUGGAAAUACAGGCAUAAAAGGUUUGCUGUGAGUGAGCAAGGCAACAUCCCCCAUUCCCAUGAUUGGGUCUGGCUUGGAAAUGAGGUUGAACUGCUGGAGAACCCAGUUGACAUUUCACUCCCAUCAGAGGAGUGCACUACCAUGAUUGACAGAGGAAUGCAGUUUGAAGAAAGCAACUUUCUCCUUAAUGGGAGUUCUCAGAAGACUCUUCAUAAUCACAUCCUCAGAUCUUCUGAGUACCUUUGUGAAAAAGAAGUUAAAAGUGAACCUAUAAAUCCUUCUGGGCCAAAGCAGAAGCGAGUGAAGUUCACUUCCUACACAACAAUACUGCCGGAGGAUGGAGGCCCCUACACCAACUCAAUUCUAUUUGACAGUGAUGAUAAUAUUAAAUGGGUAUGCCAAGAUAUGAAUCUUGGUGAUUCCAAGGAACUUAGGGACUAUAUGGAAAGACUGCAAGACAAUAUGUAAAACUACUUUCUUAUGUUUGUAAUCACCUUUAUGCCUUCUGUUUAUGGAUGGUGGAGCGGUCAGUCCAGUCAGCAAUAGGAACAAGACAGUUCAACCUCGGAGUUACUGAGAUGAUAAUCUGGCAUCACUGAGCAGGUACAAGAGGCUGGCUGAGUUAAACCUGUUUCACCACAAACCAGGAUGUGCCCCUAAAGCAGCUACCUGUAGGUGUUGAAGGUGUCACACACGAUGGCUGUUUUUGUAUACUGCCUGGUACUAGCAAAAUGCUAAUACAACUGCGCUCAGACUCAGAGGAGACUUCAUUUGUUUGUCAUUUCUCAUGAUAAAUGGUAAAUCAGAAAAGAAAGGGAUCUUUGUUUGCAUUGAUUUUUCUAGUCGUCAUUCUUUGUAAAGCACAGCGGACAUUUCUUGCUUACAGCCUGAAACAUGGCUUAUAUUAAAAGGGAUAUGAAUGAAUCUUAUCUUAUUGCCUACGUGCAAUGCAGCCAAGUAGUCUUACUG